AUGAAGAACCCAAAAGCCCAAUAGGAUGUUUCACACGUCAUUCAAAUGAUGUUUUUCAUGGUGAAGCCCAGUGAAACUUCAUUCCAAAUAGAAGAGGCUCCUGAUUACCUGAGAAAGGAAAUUCCAUUUUUCAUUUCCUUGAUGGUGCUUGAACAUGUUGUCAGUUAGAUUUGCAUCAGGAAGCCACCAGAUGGGUUGCAUGGUGCUUUAACAUCACUGUCUGCCAGUGUUCUGGCUCAGCUUCCAAGUCUGAUUUUCAAGAGCUGUGAAGUGACCAGUUAUGUUUAUAUGUGGGAGAACUACAGGUUCUUCAAUUUGCCUUGGGAUUCUCUGUGAAUUUGGUAUUUAACCAUUUUAGCAGUUGUCCUUUGCUACUACUGGUUCCAUCACAUGGCUCAUCAUAAGGUUAAUAUUAUGUGGGCAGGAUACCAAACACACCACAGUUCUGCAGUCUGUAACUUAGAUAAAAAGGAUGCUUUAGGAGAAUUGAAAGAUGAUUGGAAGUGGCUACUUCCAGAGAUCCAGAUUUUCUACUCUCGUAGGGCCCUCUGCAAACCUCCUUCCGUAUAUGCUGUUCAUCUUCAGUUAAAUUUCCUCUACCUAUUUUGGAUCCACACAGAGGUCAUCAAUAAGCUUGUCCCUUUGGAACUGAUUCUUAAUAUUCCUAGCUAUCGUAGAGUUCAUCAUGGUAGAAAUUGUUAUUGCAUAGACAGAACUUUUGCUGGCACACUUAUUAUUUGGGAUAGAAUUUUUGGUAACUAUGAAAAUCAAAAAAUUAAAGUUGUGCAUGGUCUAACACUUCCCAUGAAUAUGUUUGAACAACUCAAGGUGCAAUACAACUAUUUAUUUUACAUAUGGACUACAUUCAGGACCACACCUGGAUUCUUUCAUAAGUUUUCUGUCAUAUUUAAAGGACCAGGAAGGGGCCUAGGUAAACCAAAACUUGGACUGAGUGAAGAGAUCCCAGUGGUUGCAGGAAAAGCUCCCUUCUCAUCCUCUGCAUCUCAGCUAUGAAAGACGUACACAAUCACACAGGUUGCUCUGAUGCAGGCAUUUCAUGGAGAUACCUUUGCAAAUACAGUGGCACUAUUACAGAUAACUCUCCUUCUGAGAAUUUUCUUCAUCAUCUUGACCUUGACCUCCAAUGGAUCUCUUCUGGAUCAAAAGCAAGAAGCAGCUCUUUUGGAAACUCUUCAUUGCUUGGUGUUCUCAAUCCUGUGUGCAUAA